GGUACACGUGAAAACUGAAAUUAGAAAAUAGUCCUUUGAAAAUAAAUGGAAAAUAAAAUUUAAAUUAAAUUAAAAUAAAAUUGCAGCUGGAGGAUUAGAACUUUGAACACAAAAAAGAAGAAUUUAUUUAGAAUUAUGGGUAAAAGAAAGAAAACAAGAAUGAAAGUUAAUGCUUCAAAAGACAAUGAAGAAGAAUCAAAGCAGCACAGUGAACAAAAAUUCACUAUAGAUGAUCUUAUUCAAAAGGUGGAGGAAUACAUAGAAAACUUUAAUUUUGAGAUGGCGGAAAAAUUUUGCGUACGAAUUCUCGAAACAUCUCCGAACAAUGUUCGUGCAUUAAACAUGGUUGCUGCAGCUUGUUUGGAAAUUGGUAAAACAGACGAAGCCAUUUGCUACUUGAAGCGUGCUGUAGAAAUUGAACCUGACAAAGGUUUCAGCAAAUACAUGACGCUUGGUGAACUUCUUGAAGGACAGCAUGCUGUUGAAUACUUAAAGAAAGGUGUUGAAUUAAUGAUAAAUGAAAAGAAAUGUUUUGAAAAGGAAGAUACUGACAAUCCUUGUGAAAAUAGCGACAUUGAAAAAAUAACAGAUCGAGAUAUUUCAAACGCAUUCUGUUCGUUAGCUGAGAUAUAUCUCACUGAUUUUUGUUUGGCUGAGGAUGCAGAAGCGUCCUGUAAAUCAUACUGCAAUGAAGCAAUACAACAUGAUCAAAAUAAUCCCGAUGCCUAUCAAGUUAUGGCUAAUUGUUUACUUAGCGAGCAGAAAAACGAGGAAGCCAGAGAGGCUUUGUUAAAAGGGAUGAAUCUGUGGCGUGGUAUUGACGAUCCAGUUUUGAAGUCAUCACGGAUUCCGUCGUACGAUUCGAGAAUAUCGCUCUCAAAGAUGCUGAUUGAAAUAAAUGAAUUUGAUACUGCUGCUGAUGUGCUUGGGGAACUUCUUUCUGAAGAUGAUGAAGUUGUUCAGGUUUGGUAUUUACUUGGCUGGAAUGAAUAUCUCAAGGAGCAGGAUUACAAUUCUGUUGUUUACUACUUAGAAAUGGCACAGAAGCUUUUCAGUCAAUCUGAAUGUGAUGAUGAACCAUUGCUAGAGCAUAUUAAUGAACUGUUACUGGAGGUGAAGGAGAAAUUAAACGACCACAAAGAUUUCUUUUCAAAUAAUGACGCUGGUGAAAACAGUGAGGAUGAUUACAACGAAGAAGAAAUUGGUUCAAUGGACACAACUACGUGAGUAGAAUAUGUUUAUAAAUUAUUUCUCUGCAAGUACGUAAGUUAUAAUUAAUUCUAUAUUCAAUGUUGAAAACAUCACAAAAAUCAUGGCUAAGACAUGGCAAGUGUUUUUUUUUUGUAUUCGUGACUUAUAUUUUUGAACGAACAUGAUCACUUGGUGUUUCAAGAUUGGGACACAGGCAAUUUCACAUAAUAAUGCUAAAACUGCGCUAUGAUCAGUGCAUGUUGAGUUUGGCUUCACCUGCAUGCAUGCAAUUGAAUUUUUGAGUUGAAUAUGUGAAGUACAUCUGUGAAUAUGUGUAGAGUAGGAUAUAUGGAUAGUAUCUUCGAUUGAUACGUAUUUUAUGGAAAAUGCUGGAAAAAAGAAGAUUCAAAAUCAGUGAAAAAUACACGUAAUGUACCCAUUUACGGCAUUAAAUUUCAAUGCAUUUA